AUAAGCCACUGAAUCACACGAAAAAUCCCAAAAGUCCACUCCAGUAGUAUAAUUUUCCAGAGGCUAGACGCUUGCAAGCGCGGCUACUAAGUCUGUUGUUGUAGUCAAAGUUUUAGCUUGCUGGUUGCUCGCGAGGAGAUAACCGUUUUGGUCAAGGAUCAGAGAAUAGCUGAAUCCCAGCCCGUCGGCGUGGUGGAUAGCACAGCAGUGAGACAUGCCACGAAUAGUCAAAGUCUAAUGAUGGUAUUUGAUGAUAUGCACGAGCAUUCGUCACAACUAUGGGCAAUAUUGAAUGAAGUUAAUGCGGAUUACGUGCAACCUGGGUCACAUUCCUUCCCAAUUUACAAGAUCCCAUGAACCUGUCAUUUGCAGGCUGUGGUUUUCUUGGAGUUUACCACCUCGGAGUUGCAACUUGCCUAACAUCGCAUGCUCCACAGUUUAUAAAGAAUGUAACAGCCUUUGCAGGUGCUUCAGCUGGGUCACUUGUUGCUGCAGUGCUAGCAACAUCAGCCCCACUGGACAAGUGCUCAGAUUAUGUUAUAGAACUUACUAAUGAAGCUCGCAGACACCCACUGGGACCUUUUAAUCCCCAGUUUGACCUGGUUGGGAGCUUAAGAAAAGGACUUGAACUUUAUCUUCCUUCAAAUUCCCACCGAAUUGCUUCAGGAAGACUUUUUAUUUCUGUGACCAGUUUAAAGGACAGGAAGAAUGCUAUUUUAUCUGAGUUUGAAUCUAAAGAAGACUUAAUCCAGGUUCUUUUGGCGAGUUGUUAUAUUCCUUUUUAUGCUGGAUUGAACUUCCCCAGAUUUAAAGGGCAGAAAUGGGUAGACGGCGGACUUAGUGAUAAUUUACCAAGGCUUCCGUUUGGCCGAACUAUACGAGUAUCUCCAUUCAGUGGUAAUGGUAAUGAUAUCUGCCCACAAGACGAGUCUCGUGGUUUUACUGAUGUCACUUUCCAUAAUAUGAAUGUCUACGUAAAUAGAGAGAAUCUUCAAAGGGAGCUGCAGAUAUUUAUUCCUCCCAAGAAAGAUGGUAUUGAGAGUUUAGUGCAGUUAGGUUUUAAUGACACCCUGAGAUUUCUGCGAAAAGAGAACUUGUGUAAUUAUUCAGUAAAACCACGUUCUUCAGCACUUCCCAUGAAAAAUAUUCAAGAAUAGUGGCACAUUCUAGUUGAAAUAAUUGACUGUCACUUUUCCCGUCAUUUUAUUUGUACGUGACCUUCGAGAUGGAAAUUCACUUGAAUAUAUUAAUUUCUAGUAAAGAUAGUAUUUUUCAAUGACGAUCAGGUUGGUGGUAAUCUGCGAAACCUAUUCUUAUGUGGAAUAUUGCGUACAUGUAACAACAAAAGUAUUAUAUUAUUAUUAUUUUAUGACUUUAAAUAAUGACAUUGGCUUAAUCCUUCUAUCGUUCCCAAGUCCCAUGUCAUUCUUCCUACGUUUGUAGAUGUGGUCAUAGAGAUUAGGGCAUAUUUGUAUGGCUGCAAUUUGGAAAGGAUGCAUGCAAAAAAUUUGAUGAUUAUUUGUUUAACCUUUUCUAAGAGGAGUUGUUGAUUAUCCGCUUUACACACAGCAUUAGAAAAUGUCGAAACUAUAAGAGUUAGCGAAAUUAAGCCUUGACGAGAGUCAGGUGUGGUUGGAACUUCUCGGAAGCAGAUGUGCAUGUACAGUAUUUUAUGACUUAGGCAAGAACAGUGUGUUAGUAUGAAAAUUAAAUCAUAUAUAUUUAUUACUAGUUUUUAUAUUUUAAUCUAUGGUUUUACAGUUAGUUCCUUGGAUAGGUUUAUAGUGACAAGUAAAUCUGAAUUUUUGGUGUAAUGAUCAGUGUAACUUUGUUGUUUAUUAUUAUGGAAUUAACAUGAAAAUUAAAAUGUUAGGAGUUGAAGAUGUUUACCUCCGGGUGAAGACUAAUACAACUAUUUCAGUCUUUGGGCAGAUCAUCAGUUACCGCUGAAUGGAGCUUUUGCUUCUAAAGGCCUCAGAUUUCGUGAAACUAAAGCUAGAAUAUAUCUUGAUGUCUUA